CUGAAUCCAACAACUCGCACAAUCCAAAAUAAUGGCUGGCUCGGCUCGCAUGAAGAAGUCCAACGACGCCUUCCACGGCAACGUCAACAAGCGCGGCAUCGUCAAGCCCACCACUAGGCAGGACGACAAGUACCCCGUCGGCCCCGCCGUCCUUGCGCUGUUCAUCUUUGUUGUCUGCGGCUCUGCCAUCUUCCAAAUCUUCCAGACUGUUCGCUCCAACGGUGUUUAAACACACACGCUCAAGGGUUUUUGUACAGCUCAAGCUGGCAUACACACCAACAACAUCUCACAUGCACGAACAACGCCCACAACAUCCGAUUCGAAAACCAAACGACCAUUUAACCCCCCCCCCCUUCUAAUAUUUUUUCUCGUCUUUUGCUGUGGAUUACCUGCUUGUUUGUAUGUCUUUGUCUUGUCUUCUCAGCGUUGGGAGGUAGCGCCAACACAAAAAAUAACGAUAAAAUUUCAGCCCCAA